AUGUCUAAGACAUUCUCGUCGUCGGCGUACAGCCACGGACGCCUUUCUCAAUUAAACCGAAGACUCGCCCAUAGCGCCCGUUCCACAUACGCCGUUGCUUUAGGUGAUCACACACUCUUUCCAGACUCGUUUCCACUCUCCCUCGACUUGCCGAUCUGCUCGCAUACACACUGGAGCCGAUUCUUUGAGUCAAAGAAACGAAUGCUGAUCAAGAUCUCUGCUGUUCUUGACCGUCGGGAUGUUCUUGUUCGCGCAGGACGGCCUCUUCAUCUUGCCGUACGGUUAAUGAUUGCCUUUGCUGCCCGUGCUUUGGCUGCUGGCAGGUGCUGAUUGUCCCUUCAGAAUUCUGCUGGUUGGAACCCACCUCCAAGGGCUUUGUGUGCCGGCGCUCUUGAAAUUGUUCUCAUUUUUCACUCCGGCUUCCACACCGCUCCAGCUUGGGCCAAGUGGCGCCGACGGCUGCCACGUGUCAUUGCUGUUCUUCGCAGAAUGCGAGAUUACAUGGAAAUUUCUUUCCACUUUCGAAACGCUCCUGUUAUCCCUUUCGUCGGGAAGAUCGCUCCCUCAGAUACCUACAAAAUAUGGAAAGCGCAAGGAAUCUCCGUUGCGGACACUUCCCUAGCCGGCUUGACGGUUUGAAGAUUACCGCGCGCUGACCAGAGUUUUUCUCUCCUGGGCGACGGGUACCAAUCCAGCGUUCCUCCAGGUCUUUUGCUUGUGCUCAACCGUGAUGAUCGCAAGACUCUUUGAUGCAUUUGAAAUGCUGGAGCUCCGAUGAGCGAGUCUGCGUUUUCCGGAUUCUGCUCACAGGAACGGAGCGUGCUACAGCCUGGAAUGGAUGUCACAAAAAGCUGAACUGUAGGCAGGACAAACACUGGAGAAGACAAGAAAAGGAACAGAAUCAGUUGGAGAGGGAAGGCUAAAGUUUACGAGGUCACACAAUGUAGUUUUCAGUUUUCCGGUCGCGCAAAGUUGCCUCAUGGAGAAAACGACGUAGCUGGGAGUGAGCAAGUGUUGCCUUUAGAACUCGGUGAAGACGGACAGUAUGAUUUUUUAGUGGCUGAGUAAUCCAAAUUUUGGUUUAACAUGACAGCGAGGAGGGCAUAUAGUUUGUGAGGGAGGGAAGAGAGUGGGUCAACGGUGGGCGAGGAAAGUGUGGACAUAAUUCCAUCAUCGGCGAUUGUCAGCGGCCGCCCAGAAAUCCGGACAGUUAUAUUAGCACCUGGCGCCGCAAACGAAGGAGAGGAAUACGUAAGAAGUCUGAGGCCGUCAGUUUGGCUAACGGAGCAGUUUCCGUUAAAAAACUUGAGGAGUUUACGCGUUACUCGAUAUUUGGCCAUAAAGCUGAAGGCCGUGAGAAGGAUGCGGGAUCUCACCACCAAGUUCCGGCGGGGAACGUUAUCCGGUAAAGUCCGAAUUCCGGUGGUUCCUUACCAGUUGAGAGUAGUUAUAACAUUCACCAAGUUCGUUGGAGCUACAACCACAGAACAAUUCUACACGCCACUUUAUCCUAGACAUUUUGUUCAUGGAGGGAAGAGUAGAAUCAUCAGAGGAUGAUCAAAAUCAGAUAUCAUUAUCAUCGUGCCGUCCUGUUCUUCAUCUUCAUAUACGUCGUCGAUAUUCAACUGGAUGGGCUGAGGCGAAAUAACAACCAGUCAGUGAAGCAAGCAGCACCAUCGUUGUCCUCCUCCAGCCGCGCAGCAGCAAACAACAACAGCAAGUGCGAUCCA